UAAUUUUACGCGCUCUCUCCACUUGUCUGGAAUUCUGUACUGUCGACACAUUUCCCAUCCACCGUUGAGUGCAUUCUUGUGUUUUUUCACAACGCGCAGCGGGUACUAUCAGUACGAAGGAUUGCGAUUCGCAACGAAGAGAAUCCGGAAUGCAGUGCGUUUGCUUGCUUUAUUCGUGAACAUUGCUUCAUUUUAAAUUUUUAGACUGUUUUCAUGUUUCAACUUGUUGGGUGAUGCGAUGGUUAUCAGUGUGGAAGGUAUCUGGCCAGUUUAGCAUUGGUUGAUUAAUUUGCCCCAUUCUCCGAGCCUUGGAAAUCUCCAUGGCAGACAGCGUAGUUGAGGAGCCCGUGGUGAUGCGGAACAGCGACAGCGACGCGCUGACCAACGAAGAACAGUUCCUCUCCAACAUCCCCACCGCCGCGCGUCUCCCCCUCAUUUCUGGCAUCCGCCAGCGCAGCCAUCUCCCGGACGAUGUCCUGCAAAGGGAAGGCGCGACGCUGCCUGGCGUCGGUGACGCGCCGCGCAUCGCUCCGUAUGCGCCGCCACCUGCUCCCUCCAGUCCGCGGCGUCCGGAGCGAUCGGACGCGGGGAGAUUCGGCGGUCGGCGGGGCGAGGAUGUCGGCAGCCGGCCGACCGAUGUGUACCCGGAGAUCGGGGCGGAUUCCGACCGCGAGCGACUGCUGGAACGCGCAGAGACUGCCAGUGGAUUUGCGGCGGAGAAAUCGCAAAACAGCCAGGGCAGUUUAGUCACCAUAUUGAGUUUAUGGACGACGAUGAUGGGAUCGUCGCUGCUAGUGCUGCCCUGGGCCAUCCAGGAGGCCGGUUUGGCGUUGGGCGUGUGCCUGGUGUUCGUGAUGGGCGGGCUGGCCUUCUUCCCCACCACGCUCAUCUACAAGGCCGCCGACUACCUGCAGGCCACCACCGGCGUCACCAUCGUCGAGUUCCAGGACAUCUGCGCCCGACUGCUGGGCGUCAAGCUGGCUUUCGUCAGUCUGCUGGUCUCCCUCCUCAACCUGAUCGGCGCCAUGGUCGUCUACUGGAUCCUCAUGUCGGCCAUGCUCUACCAGAUCGGCUGCUAUUUCUACGAACUGCAGUAUCCCGAAACGGCCAACAUCACCGAUCCCACUGCCGAUUUGGGACCACAGGGGCGCUUUGCGCGCUACUGGAAUGAACUCCUGACCGUCCCGUUUUAUCUGGUGUUCCUGUUGUUGCCGUUGAUCUGCAUCCGCAAUCCGACCUUCUUCACCAAACUGAGCUCCUUCGGCAUCGUCUCCAUCCUGUACAUGCUGGUCUUCGUGUCGAAGAAGGUCAGCGACUGGGGCUGGAACGCCUCCAGCGGCUCGCCGGGAUUCGAAUUGUUCAACGGGCACUUCCCGGCGUUGACGGGGACGCUCUCCAUGGGCUUCUUCAUCCACAACUGCAUCCUGGGCAUGACGACGCACCACGCCAGUCCGCAGCACCGCAAACGCGACACCGGCAUCGCGUUUCUGAUGGCGGCGGUGUGUUACGCUUUCGUGGGCGGCUGUUAUUACGCCGCGUUCCCGGUGGAUAAGCACUUGAUUGCCGACAAUUUACUGAAGAAUUUCGCCAACCAGGAAAUUAUGGCGCUCGUGGCGCGAUGCCUGCUCUUCUUCCAAAUGUUCACCGUCUUCCCGCUGUUGGCCUAUCUGUUCCGGGUGCAGCUGUUUAAUGCACUGUUUGGCCAUCAAAACGUCAGUUACCAUUUUGUCAUCAUUUUGAAUGCCGUUCUCGUUGGAGCGUGCCUGGUGUUCGCCUCACUCUAUCCCCGUAUUGGAGACAUUUUACGAAUACUAGGAGCGAUUUGUGGCCUGGUGUACGUGUUCACGCUGCCGUUAUCCCUGGACCUGGCCAUUCUGCGCCUGCAGGGCGGCAUUCCGCUGUGGCGGAAGCUCCUCUACGCCAUUCUCAUCGGCCUGGGGCUGGCCAACUUCAUUGCUCAGUUCAUCGUGCCCCUCCAUCCCAACUGACAAUCUCCCGCUGUGUUCAACUCACGUUUACGAAUCUGUGCCGAUGACACAUUUUAUCCCGACUCUUUUUUUAUCUCUCAAUUUUAUUAUUCUGCAAAAGUUUGUAUUUUACAGUUUAACAGAAGAAAAUCUGGUACAAUUGCCGUUUUCUAGAAAACAUAGGAAAACCAAGGAACCAUCGUCAUUUAUUUGGGAGAAAAGUAAUAAAAAUCCCAACAAAAGGGCACUCA